AUGGAGUUGAGAUCAAAACGAAGAAGAGAAACAGAAAAAACUCAAAGAAAACCAAAAAAGCCACAGAAAAUCAGAAUCAUCAUAGAAAGACUCAAAGAUACUAAACAAAAUUCCAGAAUGAUGGAAAAAGGCGAAAUCUUCCGUCCAUUGGAAGGAAACAAUGUAAUAAAGAUGGGAGGAGAUGGCCAUCCUGUGGCUGUGGCCAGCGGCCAUCCUGUAGCUGUGGUCAGCGUCCAUCCUGUAGCUGUGGUCAGUGUCCAUCCUGUGUCUGUGGUCAGUGUCCAUCCUGUGGCUGUGGCCAGCGGCCAUCCUGUAGCUGUGGUCAGUGUCCAUCCUGUGGCUGUGGCCAGCGGCCAUCCUGUAGCUGUGGUCAGUGUCCAUCCUGUGGCUGUGGUCAGUGUCCAUCCUGUGGCUGUGGCCAGCGGCCAUCCUGUAGCUGUGGUCAGUGUCCAUCCUGUGGCUGUGGCCAGCGGCCAUCCUGUAGCUGUGGUCAGUGUCCAUCCUGUGGCUGUGGUCAGCGGCCAUCCUGUAGCUGUGGUCAGUGUCCAUCCUGUAGCUGUGGCCAGCGGCCAUCCUGUAGCUGUGGUCAGUGUCCAUCCUGUGGCUGUGGCCAGCGACCAUCCUGUGGUUGUGGCCAGCGGCCAUCCUGUGGCUGUGGCCAGUGUCCAUCCUGUGGCUGUGGCCAGCGGCCAUCCUGUGGCUGUGGCCAGCGACCAUCCUGUACCUGUGGUCAGUGUCCAUCCUGUGGCUGUGGCCAGCGACCAUCAUGUGGCUGUGGCCAGCGACCAUCCUAUGGCUGUGGCCAGCGACCAUCCUAUGGCUGUGGCCAGUGUCCAUCCUGUGGCUGUGGCCAGCGACCAUCCUGUGGCUGUGGCCAGUGUCCAUCCUGUGGCUGUGGCCAGCGACCAUUCUGUGGCUGUGGCCAGCGACCAUCCUAUGGCUGUGGCCAGCGACCAUCCUAUGGCUGUGGCCAGUGUCCAUCAUGUGGCUGUGGCCAGCGACCAUCCUAUGGCUGUGGCCAGCGACCAUCCUAUGGCUGUGGCCAGCGACCAUCCUAUGGCUGUGGCCAGCGACCAUCCUAUGGCUGUGGCCAGUGUCCAUCCUGUGGCUGUGGCCAGCGACCAUCCUGUGGCUGUGGCCAGUGUCCAUCCAAUGGCUGUGGCCAGCGACCAUCCUGUGGCUGUGGCCAGUGUCCAUCCUAUGGCUGUGGCCAGCGACCAUCCUGUGGCUGUGGCCAGUGUCCAUCAUGUGGCUGUGGCCAGCGACCAUCCUGUGGCUGUGGCCAGUGUCCAUCCUAUGGCUGUGGCCAGCGACCAUCCUGUGGCUGUGGCCAGUGUCCAUCAUGUGGCUGUGGCCAGCGACCAUCCUAUGGCUGUGGCCAGCGACCAUCCUAUAGCUGUGGCCAGUGUCCAGCAUGUGGCUGUGGCCAGCGACCAUCCUGUGUCUGUGGCCAGUGUCCAUCCUAUGGCUGUGGCCAGCGACCAUCCUGUGGCUGUGGCCAGCGACCAUCAUGUGGCUGUGGCCAGCGACCAUCCUAUGGCUGUGGCCAGCGACCAUUCUGUGGCUGUGGCCAGCGACCAUUCUGUAGCUGUGGCCAGUGACCAUCCUGUAGCUGUGGCCAGCGACCAUCCUGUGGCUGUGGCCAGUGACCAUUCUGUGGCUGUGGCCAGCGACCAUCCUGUAGCUGUGGCCAGCGACCAUUCUGUAGCUGUGGCCAGCGACCAUCCUGUGGCUGUGUCCAGCGACCAUCCUGUAGCUGUGGCCAGCGACCAUCCUGUGGCUGUGGCCAGCGACCAUCCUGUAGCUGUGGCCAGCGACCAUCCUGUGGCUGUGGCCAGCGACCAUUCUGUAGCUGUGGCCAGCGACCAUUCUGUAGCUGUGGCCAGCGACCAUCCUGUGGCUGUGGCCAGCGACCAUCCUGUAGCUGUGGCCAGCAACCAUCCUGUGGCUGUGGCCAGCGACCAUUCUGUAGCUGUGGCCAGCGACCAUUCUGUAGCUGUGGCCAGCGACCAUUCUGUAGCUGUGGCCAGCGACCAUUCUGUAGCUGUGACCAGCGACCAUUCUGUAGCUGUGGCCAGCGACCAUUCUGUAGCUGUGACCAGCGACCAUUCUGUAGCUGUGGCCAGCGACCAUUCUGUAGCUGUGGCCAGCGACCAUUCUGUAGCUGUGGCCAGCGACCAUCCUGUGGCUGUGGCCAGCGACCAUUCUGUAGCUGUGGCCAGCGACCAUUCUGUGGCUGUGGCCAACGACCAUCCUGUGGCUGUGGCCAGCGACCAUUCUGUGGCUGUGGCCAGCGACCAUUCUGUAGCUGUGGCCAGCGACCAUUCUGUAGCUGUGGCCAGCGACCAUUCUGUAGCUGUGGCCAGCGACCAUCCUGUGGCUGUGGCCAGCGACCAUUCUGUAGCUGUGGCCAACGACCAUCCUGUGGCUGUGGCCAGCGACCAUUCUGUAGCUGUGGCCAACGACCAUCCUGUGGCUGUGGCCAGCGACCAUCCUGUGGCUGUGGCCAGCGACCAUUCUGUAGCUGUGGCCAGCGACCAUCCUGUGGCUGUGGCCAGCGACCAUUCUGUAGCUGUGGCCAGCGACCAUCCUGUAGCUGUGGCCAGCGACCAUUCAGUGGCUGUGGCCAACGACCAUCCUAUGGCUGUGGCCAGCGACCAUCCUGUGGCUGUGGCCAGCGACCAUUCUGUAGCUGUGGCCAGCGACCAUUCUGUAGCUGUGGCCAGCGACCAUUCUGUAGCUGUGGCCAGCGACGAUUCUGUGGCUGUGGCCAGCGACCAUUCUGUAGCUGUGGCCAACGACCAUCCUAUGGCUGUGGCCAGCGACCAUCCUGUGGCUGUGGCCAGCGACCAUUCUGUAGCUGUGGCCAGCGACCAUUCUGUAGCUGUGGCCAGCGACCAUUCUGUGGCUGUGGCCAACGACCAUCCUAUGGCUGUGGCCAGCGACCAUCCUGUGGCUGUGGCCAGCGACCAUUCUGUAGCAGUGGCCAGCGACCAUCCUGUGGCUGUGGCCAGUGACCAUUCUGUAGCUGUGGCCAGCGACCAUCCUGUGGCUGUGGCCAGCGACCAUCCUGUGUGCUCCUGUGGUGGCCAGCGACCAUCCUAUUCACUCACUUGA